CAAUCAACUGCUAGAAAAGAUUGUGUUUGAUUUUGUUUGUCGAGGAGCGCAGGAGCACACGUUUCGCUGGCUUAGAUAUCGUCGCGAGUUACUUGAACCGUUGGUCCUCUAUGUCUCAACUGAGGGAAAAUUUCAGCCCCUGUACCAAACUCAAACUGGUUUGCGUAUAUAUUUGUGUAAAGGGGGUGUAGAAACAAUGAAGAAGACGAUAAUGUAUUCGCAAACCAUGGUAGCACACGAGGAGCAAAGAGCGAAAACCUGCAACAACUGCGGUGAUAUGUGUCCAGGAUUUUCCGCACAUUACUGGCGGAAAAUUUGUCAGCACUGCAAGUGUCCUAGAGAGGAUCACAACAUCAUUGAGGAUGAUGCUCGUGCAGGAUGUAGUGUAUACCUAGGAGAUGUAAACCAUUCUGGCCUUCCUAGUGAUGAUGAUAGUGGUUGUGCAUUAGAUGAGUAUGCAUGGGUUCCACCAGGGCUAAACCCUGAGCAGGUUCAUGCCUACAUGAGUUCACUUCCAGAGGAAAAGGUUCCAUACAUUGACAGUAUUGGAGAAAGACACCGUAACAAACAGAUCAUAGUGCAGCUGCCACCAUAUGACAGCGAGGCAAGAUAUUGUAAUGACCUAACAGACGAAGAGAAAAGAGAAUUGCGAAUCUUUGUGGCAUUAAGAAAAAGAGACGCCAUAGAUCGUGGAGUUGUAAAACAAAUUCCAGAUGUCGCAGAAGGCUACAGCUGUAGAGAGUGUGGUGAUUGUGUCAGCCCUAGAUCCAUGGCAGUGUUUGCACCAAGAGCUGGGCAGAAUACAAGUUGGCAUGCUUCCUGUUUUGUUUGUUACAUUUGCAAGGAGCUUCUAGUGGAUUUGAUCUACUGCUACAAGGAUGGACGGAUUUUCUGUGGAAGGCACCAUGCAGAGACAUUAAGGCCAAGAUGUGCUGCGUGCGAUGAGAUUAUUUUUGCUGAGCAGUGCACAGAAGCUGAAGACCGGUGUUGGCACGUGAGCCAUUUUUGUUGCUUUGAAUGCGACUGUCCACUUGGAGGUAUGCGGUACAUAAUGAGGGAAGGAAACCCACUCUGCUGUCAUUGUUUCAAAUCAAUGAAUGCUGAAUUUUGUGAUGCCUGUGGGGAACCAAUUGACCCAGAUGCAAGUCAAAUGAUGCACAAUGGACAACACUGGCAUGCAACAGACAAUUGCUACUGUUGUUACAACUGCUGCAAGCCUCUCCUUGGACAACCUUUUCUUCCCAAGAAUGGAGAAAUUUAUUGCUCACCAGAAUGCAGUCGCCGCAUUCCAGCAGAUUACCAAGGUCAUGAACAAUUUCCUGAUUUUCAACCAGGUUUUGAUACAAAACGUUACGCUGCUCAGGAAUUAUGCACUUCUGAUCUUGGAACACUUGAGUCAGACUAUGUGACUUCGAGUACUCACUCAGCAUCUGGGGGGUUGAGUGCUCCUUAUGAACCAAGUGUUGAUGGUGACAGUAUUGGCCAAUAUUCAGGGAUUUUGUCCCAACACAGAGUGGGGACCUUUGAUAGACAGCAUCACCAUGAUGGCCCUGUAAGAAUUGGAGGAUUGGCUGGCACAGUGUUUGGUCAUAUUGAAACUGCUGGUUAUUCAACCGACGUCUUUGACAGUGUAAGUGUCCAAGGAGGAAGCUUUGGUGGGUUUAAUUUUGACAAUGACAGAUACCACAGGGGGCAAAAUUUCCAGCCACUGUCAAAUGUGAGGGAAGCAGUUGAUAGCUUUGACAGAGGUUACCAAGUUCAAAUAUUUGACAAGGAGAGUACCUCUGACUUUAUAAGAGCUACACCACUGGAUGUUGAGUCUACCAAAGACAGUAAUUAUGGGACUAUUGAGAGCAGGGAUAGUCACUAUGGAACAAAGGAUUUGUUGGACAGUCGAGAAAUAAACAAGGCUCAUAAGCAUGUCAAAGUAAAGGAGAGACAUACCUCUGGAUGUGCCUCUGACUCAAGAACACCCAGAAAUUCCAGCAGACACACCUCUGGAUAUGCCUCGGACUCAAGAACAUCCAGAAAUUCCAGUAAACACACUUCAGGAUAUGCCUCAGACUCAAGAACAUCCAGAAGUUCUGGUUAUAGAUCAAAGGCAAGACAACUGAAGUACUAUGAUAUAGAUAUUGAGGAUAAUAGUAAAAAGUGUUUUUUCGGUGAGGGUGAAAAGGCGCGGCCAUUGUCAAGAUCUUUGGAAAGUUUGACUUGGAAGCCAAGUUCUAUACCAGCCCCUCCACGGUGUAAUCACAUAAGAACUUCUUCAGGUACAUAUAUGUCAGCAAGGAAAGAACACAUGAUCAAUAGAAAUGGCUCUACUCCAAAGGAGCACAAGACACGAGGAAACAAUCCUAGCGCAAGUAAAUCAACUCAGUUACCUUGGGAAGACCCAUUUGCUAAUCCAGUGGAUAAAAGCACCUCAAAGCGUCUUAGGCGUCCCAGAAUUACCUACACAGAAGAUGGUUUCUUUGAAAGAGCCCCACCACAGGUUGUCAAAACAUCUGACGCAGGGAAGAAAAGCAAAAACAAACACAAAAACUGCUUGGUGCAGUAAUUUAAUACAACUUCUGGGAAUUAUAGUGAUUACUUGCUUUCUUUAAACAAAACAAGUUUGUGCUUCAGUAAAGUCAAUCAUUUCAACUUUUUGUUCUGCCUAGAAUCAAACGAAAGAGUUAUGUAAACUACAACCUGGCUCUCAUUUUGUUUGUAUCAGUUAUUUACAGAUCAUUUGCCUUAUUAUUCAUCGUUAGGAAAAACGUUUUAUGGUUAUUGUUUUGUGAGGGCUUGUUUGUUGUUGUUUUUGUUGAUGAAAAUGCCAGAUUGUAAAAGAAAAUACUUGACAAGUUGUUAUUAUAUGACACCACGUAAAAGCAAAAAAUGCACAAGGGUCGCCAUCUAUGUUAACUAAACUGAAGAAACAAAAUGAAUAGGAAAAGAACUAUUAGUAGGGUUGAAUGGAAGUAAUCCAGUAAGACAACAAAUUUUGCGGAGGAACAUCUCAGUAAUUUGAUGCUAUCAUGGAACCAGUAAUAGGCUUGCAUGACAAAUGCAAUUAAAAUCAGAAGAAUAUUCCAAAUCCUGAUUUCUUUUUGCUUUUAAUUCUGGAAUUUGGUUUAACUGGUCCAAGUGGUUCCUUUUUUCUUUUCUUUUCCCCUUUUUUAAAGCUUUCUACACUGUUUGUUGGUGUUGGUUUUUCUUUGAUGGAGCAGUGUGGGAUUUUUUAGUUCUGUUUAAUGUUUAGAACUGAUACAGGGGGCCUAUCAUUUAAAGAUUUUUGGCCUAAAAUGUGUAUGUUUGGUGAGCUCAAGAGUGCCAAUUGUUUAUUCUUAAGUGUUGCUGUUAGUGUUUGCUGAAGUAAUGUUAUUCUAAUAAGUAUUAAUUGUACAUAUUAAUAUAUUAUUAAAUCAACUAAACUUAUCAAGUAACUUAUUCUAAUGACUAAUGAAAAGUUUUCCGUAAAAGCAUUGACAAUUAUUGUUGCUGGUUUGUGAAUAAAUUGCAGCAAUCA